AGGAUUUCUUUUGGUCAAAAUGCCAUGAAGGGAAGAAAUAUAAGCGGAGGACAUCAGUUCAAUACUUUUCUGUCAAAAUGCGGACAAGAAAUUACAUCAAAUACUAGGGAAGAAAGUGGAGAUGAGGAAUAAUUUUUUCCUGAUCAUCUGAUAUAAAAGAAAACCCAGAUCCUCAAGGUCAAAUUAAACUAAACCUUGAAGAAAUGUGCUGGAUUGCAUUCUAUUGUGACAUCAGAACUUAUGAGACCAAUCAUCUCUUUUCCCUGGACCGAUAAGACUCCUGUAUAAAGCCACAGAUCCCAGUCUUCUAAUGUUCUCCUGUCCACACACCCACACGCACUAUGUUGCACUUAAUCUCGCUGGUCUACAUUUGUCUUUUCCUGUCCGGUAUCCGAUCCCAAGAACGGGAUUGUCCGUACAAACCAACAGCCACAGAAAAGUUCCCUUACAUGCUGGAUCUUUCGGAUAAUGGCGAAUAUUUCCUUUUCUGGAAGUUUAACGAUUCGCACAUUACUUUUGAGGUCCACGCCAAAACUCAUGGAUACGUCGGGUUUGGUCUCUCAACAACUGGGCGGAUGUACCCUGCCGAUGUCGUCACAGGGUGGGUCAAACCCGACGGAUCGGCGGUGUUUACAGACCGGUUUAGUUCGGAUCAUAUUCUGCCUGAGAAAGACGACUCACAGGACUACACACUCCUCAAGGCUGAGGAAAACGAAUUCGGUACCAUUCUGAAAUUCUUCCGCAUUCUGGACACAUGCGACUCUAAGGAUAUAGCAGUUUCUCAUGACACAUUAAGAGUAAUUUACGCAUACCAUCCCGAUGAUCCAGAUUCAGAGGAUAGUAUUCCUUACCAUGGGGGAUCCAGACGGGGAUUUAAAAGUGUCCGCUUGUUGGAGGCCCGAUCAAAGAUCCCUCCCCUUCCAGAGGACGUAAAAUAUUUCGACUUCCUGAAUGGCAUUAAUGGGGAAAACAACUUGUUUAAACUUCCGCCUAAGGAUACUUUCUACCACUGCACUACGUUUAACAUGCCUGAUAUCGGUGGGAAGCGUCAUGUCAUCAGAUAUGAUCCGGUUCUGACUCCAGGAAACGAGAAAAUAGUCCACCAUAUUGUGUUAUACCGGUGUAGGGGCGAGGAACCGAAGUAUGCACAUAAGGACUACGAUUGUUACGGAUUGACGAAAGAAUAUCGCCCCGAAUGUCGAUCCGUGUUCCUGAUGUAUGAAAUUGGUGCUGGAUCCUUCAUUUGGCCAGAAUAUACCGGAUUGUCAUUGGGAGCCGAAGGAGACCCGACAUUCUUCGUUAUGGAGACCCAUUAUUCCAAUCCAGAUUUAAGAGAUGAUAUAUUGGACAACUCAGGUAUUCGAAUCUUCUACACCAAUCACUUGCGUCAACAUGAGGCUGGUGUCAUGGAAACAGGGAUGGAGAUAACGCUUACACAGUUUAUUCCACCUCAUGAGACCAGUUUCCUGUCUCAAGGGAUAUGUUCAACUGGAUGUCUGAAACUGGGAUUACCAAACGGCACUGACGAAAUAAAAGUUUUUGCACUCUUUCAUCACUCACAUCUCCUAGCCAAUGGAAUGAAAACGAGACUCAUACGUAAUGGAGUAGAACAGCCGCCAAUUGCAAACGACGAAAAUUAUGAUUUCAAUUUCCAAGCAGCUAAUGUUUUGCAGAAAGAAAUAACAAUUAAAUCAGGUGACAGUUUGAUAAUAGAAUGUAACUAUGAAUCCACAUCCCGGACCAAUGUUACAAUGGGGGGACUCAGCAUUAGGGAGGAGAUGUGCCUGUCCUUCCUAAUGUAUUAUCCUAGGAUCACUGUCGACGCGUGUCUAAGCUCCCCCGCCCAUGAUGCGCCCUCUGAUUUCGCCAUCGAUCAGAUGACCUCCUAUCUCAAACAUGUGGACCACCAUUACGACGAGCAGAUGGGUCGACUCAAUAGCUUGGUAAACCAGAUCGAUUGGAAGGACUCCCGUGUCAGGGAUAAGUUCAAGAAUAAAUCUCGAAUGUCCGGCUUUGAUAACCAAUGCUUCUAUAAAGGCAAAAAGGUGCUUGGAGAUUAUUUCAGAAGACCUGAAGUGAAAGCUCCAUACAUUAAACCCAAGUCUAAGUGUGAGAAUUAGGCAUCCUGUGAUCGCGUGGUUCAAAGACCCACAACAUUUAAAACACGAAUACUUACAUGUUAUGUUUACCAAUGUAUAGCAUUUAAUAUACGGGUACUACUUGAUAAAUCAUAAAUACACUGUGCUUCACUAUGCAACGAUUCUGAUUGAUGCUCUGGAAUAAUAAAGAUAAUAAAAAUAAAUUUAUUCCUGAAUAUCA